AUGGCUGUCGCAAGCGAGACAUCUCCCAUCAGGGAACAGUACAUUCACCAACUCACCCCUCUAGACAAGUUCAUUGCCAGCAUUAGCAAGAGCGGACGCGCGGCAGACUUUCAGCUUGUGGAUAUUGCCGACCUCGAGAUUCUCGGCUCCCUCCCCGGGAAGACGGGAGCAAGGAUCGUCACCAAGAAAGCCUCUGGCCUAACCCCCCAAGCCAACUUCGUCUUCAAGGGCAUGGACUUUGAACGGUACAAGCGAGACAGCAAAGACUUUAGAGAACACCAAGAAAAGACCCUCCUCCACGAGAUCCGCACAUUGUACACCCUGCCGCCCCAUCCGAACAUCAUGCCCUGCCCCAAGAUCCUCGUCGUCGUACAAGACGGAGACAACAAGGACCGCAUCUGCGGCUUCCUGCAACCCGUCCUGACCAAGGACUCGAUCGACGAGCAGGUCAUGCGCGCCAACAGGGCCGGCCGACGCCUCCCGCUGGCCCUCAAGGCCAAGUGGUGCUACCAGAUGGCCCUCGCGAUCCAGCACACCCACCAGGUCGCCGAGAGCUUCCACAUGGACCUGAAGCCCGGCAACAUCCUCGUCGACGACCAGGACAACCUGCGGCUCAUCGACUGGGAGCAGAGCGGCUUCUCCAUGUUUACGCACCCGCCAGAGGUGACCAUUGACCAGGAGGCCGAGGAAUCGUCGUCGGUCUCCUCCGCCGCGAACGGCAAGCCCGUGGUCAUCUAUACCCCGCACACCGGCGCGCCGCGGAGGAACCAGAAGUGGGGGUUUCCGGACUGGAACGUCCUGCCCGAGUGGAAGACGACGUGUCCCCGGGCUGCGGAGCUGGCCGAGGUGUUCAGUCUGGGCAGGACAAUGUGGAUGCUGCUCGAGCAGGUCGAGCAGUCCCCCGACCCCACGGUAUGGUCGGCCCUGGCCAAGGACGUCCCCAAGGCGUGGCAAGACAUGGUCAUGCGGUGUGUGGAGAGGGACCCGAACAACCGGCCCGAGUUGAACGAGGUGGUUGCCUUUUGGCGGAAGCAGUUGUGCUAG